CUGUCAUCGUGCUAGCUAGCUCAAGACAGCUUCUCAAGUGACAAGAGCAUGUAACCAGGAAAAGUAUUCCCGUAACAUUCUUCAUCGCGAGCGCCCGGGAUCCUACUCGGCUGUAAUUACGGCAAGGCUACUCAGUACCUCACCCCAAAUGUUCCGUCCGGCUGGCUGCACGUUUCCCAGCGCAUCGGACGGACUGAUUUGGUGACUUAGUACACUGUUGGAGAUAAUCAUGCCGAACCGCGGGGUAAACCCAAGACAGCAACAACUCCAAGAGCUUUCCCCCGCACUCAUUGAGUGUUGAAAUCUACCGCCCGAAUGGGUAGCCGAUGUGAAAAUCUGAGAAUGUGAGGCUUUAAUAUGUGAAGCAGGCCAUGGUCUACAUGGCAGGGUCUAUCUCGAGGCAGAGAGGCUCCCGUCGACGUUAAACCCCAUCUAACUUACACUUGAAACCUUUGAGCCGGAAUGUCGUGCCCGUUGUUCUUCGUAGUUGCCCGUGUCGUCGGGUCAGACGGCUCCCUGGAAAAGUGGAAAGAAAGACUCAUUGCCCUUUGCGCCGUCUCCGCAACUGAACCCCUAGGAAACAGCUACUACUGGGGCCACGACCUCUCCGCCUCCUCGCCAGACACCCUCUGGGGCCUUGAAGGGUACACACACCCGAUGGGCUUCUUCCUCGGUCACACCUCGACCGACGUCUUCAAGCGCGAGAUGCGCCUUGCAGACGAGCAGAAGCUGCUAAAGACCGUUCAGGGCAUCGGCAGCCCGGACUACGAUCUGCAUCACUAUGAUUUGGCUGGCGGUUGGUUGAAGCGGGAUGACGACCCCGGGCGAGAUUCACGCGAUAGCGCGGUUGCUGUUGUGCACUUUUGGGCAGCGGAGGAGGGGAGCAGGGAGGAUGUUGUGAAGGGCUUGGAGGGGUUUGCGAAAGCGCAGAGGGAGAGGGUAAUUGGGGAGGGGGAGUCUCAGUUGGAAACGAAAGAGUACAAAGCCCUGCUCGCGACUCUGCAGCCGUUGACUGUCCGGACGGAGACGCACCUGUCGCAAGUCUUCAACGGACAUAUUGAUCAGCCACCAACAGGGACUAGAGUGUGA